AUGGAUUCAACAACGCGUAUCAAGCAGGAACCUGGCAUUGAUGCUCAUUAUAUGGGAAAAUCUAACAAUAUAAUGGCCAAUACUCCAACUCCAAUGGAUGCAACAGUGAAAACAGAACGCCUGCAGUCCUUUCGUAUUCCUAGGGAUCUGACACUGGCUAAUGGUCGCACGGCGAAACCACCGACAAACAAAAAAGUGUACACUCCGAACUUAAACGCAGUCCGAAACAAAAAUACGGAAGUUAAAACAGCAUCCACAGGACCUAAGGGUAGAUUAAAGACUGAUCGCAACAGGAAUGACAAAGAUACUCGAAGCAAAAAGACAGCGUUGAUUCAAACAUCUGGUAUAUUUUCGGAUGGCUUAGCUCAACGUGCUCUAAAUCGGGCGUCCAAGUACGAUAAAUCCAGUUCAUCAAAAGAGCCAGGGGAUUUAAUUCGUAAACCCGUGUAUGCUAAAGUAGAUACAAAAAUAGACUUGGAAGAUGAACGAAAACGAAUACAGCAUUUAUGCGAUGACUUGGACGACGAAAUGUCGCAACUGGAUCAAAAGCUCGAGAACGGAUUGAAAAUGCCAGUCAAACUGGAAAACUCCGAUUACAAAAUUAAACCACCGGAAGUUAAGACGGAAAUCAUGAUUGAUACAAAGUUAGAUCCAUUUAAUACUGUGCAAAAUGUUAUUUCUGACGCACAGACUAAUAACAUAUUUCUUUUACAACUCCCUGAUGCGUUACCUGGCAAGUGUGACACUGAGGAUGGACGGUCGGCGAAUAACAACGAAAACAAAUCAGAAGCAAUAUCGAACGGAGAAGAGAUACCACAAUAUUGUACAGUUCGUGAUCUAAGUGAGGGCUGUAUUGGUAAAAUAAUUAGGUAUCGCUCGGGAAAAGUUAAAUUAAAACUUGGAGAAAUAAUGUUUGACGUUAGCCUGGGUAUGGAUACCGGAUUUCUGCAGGAACUGGUUUCGAUAAACACGAAUCAAACGGAACGUAGUGGUAACAUAAUCAACAUCAGCACUAUCAAAGCUAAGCUGAACGCUUCCCCUGAUUGGGAGUAUUUAUUCAAGAAUUCUACAUGA